AUUCUUUUUUUUUUUUUUUUUUUUUCCGCAUAUGGUGCCGAGUUUUUUUUGUUUAAUUUGAUUUGCAAAACCUUCUUUAAUGGUUUCUGAAUCGGGAACAAGAAGAAGAAAGCUAACACUGAGAUCCAUGGCGAUGGUGUUUACCCAACCCAAGAAAAACUUACUUCCUCUUCUUCUCUUUCUCUUCUGUAUCUCCGUCAUCAUUCUACUCGUUCUCGUCUCCGAGACCACUCACUCUUACCCCGGACGAGGCACCACUUCCCGGCGAAAUUACAAUGGUGCCCCUCCUUUCACAUUCCUCAUCAAAGUCCUCACCUAUAACCGUCUCCACUCUCUCUCCCGCUGUCUCAGAUCCCUAUCCGCCGCAGACUACGGCGUUUCCGGCGACAGAGGAAAAAUUCACCUCCACGUCUACAUCGAUCAUUUCAACCUCGCGAGGAACGAUACACCUGUUGAAGAUAACUUGAAUAGCGCGAGAGAGAUCCUAGGGUUUGUGGAUAGAUUCGACUGGAGAUUUGGGGAAAAAGUGGUUCACUAUCGGACUGAUAACGCCGGGUUACAAGCGCAGUGGCUUGAGGCUUGGUGGCCUAGCUCAGAUCACGAAUUCGCCUUUGUAGUUGAAGAUGAUCUUGAGCUUUCUCCGCUUUACUAUGGUUUUCUGGAACGCGUGAUUCGUAAUUACUACUAUGAUCCUUCCAAUUUCAAUCCUUCCGUCUAUGGAGCUUCGCUUCAGAGACCAAGGUUCGUUCCAGGUAAACAUGGAAAUAAAAUACAUGUAGAUCCCAAAACGAAUCUUCUCUUAUAUCAGUUGGUGGGAACUUGGGGGCAGCUUCUCUUCCCAAGACCGUGGAAAGAGUUCAGACUAUGGUUUGACGAGCACAAGGCGAAUGGGAAGAAGCCUUUCCUUGAUGGCAUGGUGUCAAAUGGAUGGUACAAGAGGCUGGGAGAACGAAUAUGGACACCUUGGUUCAUAAAGUUUGUUCAUUCUCGUGGCUAUUUUAAUAUCUACACUAAUUUUCCGAAUGAGGGGGCUCUAAGUGUCUCUCACAGGGAUUCUGGUGUUAACUAUGCGAAAACCGCUGGGCCAGAUUCACAGUUAUUGAAUAAAAGUUCAGUCAGUUUUGAUUCUUUGAAACUCCAACCCUUGAGCAACCUUAAGUGGUACGAUUUUUGUUUCAGCGAAGUUGUUCCCGGUAGGGUUGUGAGAAACCUGAAUGAACUUGGCACCAUUCUUCCUUCUGUGCAGAUUGAGAAAACCAUAAUUCUGAUCAGUCUAUAUGAUGCAGACAAGAUUUUCAUCAGGAACUUACUCUGCCAUUUCGAGAAGCUUAAUACUCAAAACCACAUUUUUAUAGGCCCUAGCUCUGAGCUGUUCUAUGAUCUUUCAAGAAGGGGACAUCCUGUGAUUGAUGCGGAUAUGUUUCUCGACAAGUUGAUCAAAAGCAAAACUUCUUAUCCAAACUCAGUGAAGGAGGCUCUGGGCAAUGCAUACGUUGUUCAGAAAUGCUUAGAACUCGGAUACAGCACCUGGGUAGUUUCAAGUAAUGCGCUUUUGGUUGAUAAAGGUCCUAUAAUUGAUAGAGUCAGCUCAGAGUAUGACUUCUAUACGGGGGAAAGCUCUGGAAUUUUGAUUGUUCAAUCUUCAUCAGUCAGUCGAAAGUUAUGGAGCAAUGAGUUUCUACACAGCAUUGCAUCCUCAGCAACUAAGAAUCCAACUCCAAAACAAAGUAUAGAUUUUAUUCAUCUAGUGAAGGAGCUAGUGGAGCAAAAGGGCAAGAGGAUUAAGACUCUAGAGACGAUGGGUGUUGCAGAGAGUACCGUCACCAGCACAAACCAAUCGUUGGGAGAUGGCAAGGCGGUGCUGUAUUGGUCACCUAAGGUCGGUUCCAAUAUCAUUCGGACAAAGCUUGAAGAGUUGAACUUGUGGCUCAUUGAUGAUGAUCUCUCUUGCAAGACUGUGGUUUGUCAUAAGUCAUUACGUUAGCAACAUAUUGGUAUUGCAACAAUUCGUUAUUUAGUUUUUUGUUGAAAGUUAUAUAUAGAUGAUGUAAUAGCAGCAACCAAUGGUAACUCGUUUUAUAUCAAUAUACCAAGAAUAGAUUCUUUGUUA